AUGGCUUCUGAUAAUCCUGCUAAGCAUCAGCUUCCGAAAGUCGAUUUCUCCGCCUCCGAUUUGAGCCCAGGAAGUGCAUCUUGGGACUCGGUUCGUGGCGAUGUCAUGGCUGCCCUCAAAGAGUACGGAUGCUUUGAGGCGGCGUGCGACCAGCUCUUCGACUGGGAGCUUCACACGAGUCUCUUUCGAAAUGUGAAAGAGUCAGUUGAGCUGCCGGAAGAGACCAAGAGACGUUUCGCCGACACCGAGAGGCCGUACCACGGCUACGUUACCAACCUUCACUUUGCGCCAGGGUAUCAUGCCAUGGGGAUCGGCGGAGUGCUCGACUCUCCGGCGAUUCAGAACUUGACGGAUCUCAUGUGGCCCGACGGGAAUGCGAAAUUUUGUGAGAUCGUGCAGUCCUACUCAUCGAAAGCAUCAGAACUAGAGAAGAUGGUGAAGAGAAUGAUCCUGGAGGGCUUGCAAUUGCCGGUAGAAAAAUACCGCGAUGAUAUCAUCGACAAGACGAGCUAUUUCCUCCGGAUAAUGAAGUACGACGGGAUCAAGGAAGGAGGGACCGAAGAAGUCAGCGGGACCAAUCACCGCGACCCGAACUUCGUGACCAUUCUUCGUGAGGACGGAGCGGUGAACGGUCUGGAGGUCAAGGCCAUGGAUGGCCAGUGGAUUAGGGCAACUCCUUCAGCUUCCUCCUUCAUGGUCAUUCUAGGAGAUGCAAUCCAUGGAUGGUCCAACGGGAGAUUGUACAGCCCAGUGCACCGGGUGGUGAUGAGAGAGACUCGCGCACGGCAUGCCAUCGGCCUUUUCUCGACAAUGAAGGGUGUGAUCCGGUGCCCUGGGGAGCUGGUCGACAAGCAGCACCCCUUGCUUUUCAAGCCCUUCGAAGAAAUCGAUCUAAUGCGGUAUCAUCGCAUACUCGAGAACGAAGAAGGCUGGGAACUUGAGUCGACCCUUAGGGCUCGUUAUCUUGUGUGA